GCGUUUCUCAACGAGUUUGCGCACGAAUGUCCCACAAUCAAAAUGGCGUUGAAUCAUCUUAACCUAACCGUAAAAAUCCACCCAGUGGUUUUAUUUCAAAUUGUAGAUGCAUACGAACGUAGAAAUGCGGAUUCGCAUCGAGUUAUUGGAACGUUAUUGGGCACCUGUGAAAAGGGUAUCGUGGAAGUUACAAACUGCUUCUGUGUACCCCACAAGGAAUAUGCUGACCAGGUUGAGGCCGAAUUAAGUUAUGCCAUGGACGUUUAUGAUUUGAAUCGAAGAGUAAACUCCUCCGAAAAUAUCGUGGGAUGGUGGGCGACCGGUAAUGAAGUGACCAAUCACAGCUCAGUUAUACACGAGUAUUACUCCCGUGAAUGCAAUAACCCCAUUCACGUUACGUUAGAUACAAGUUUGCAUGGUGGUCGGAUGGGUUUAAAGGCAUAUGUUUGUGUUUCGCUGGGCGUGCCAAACGGAAAGCAAGGCUGCAUGUUCACACCUAUUCCUGUCGAGGUGGCAUGUUACGAUCCCGAAGUGUAUGGUCUUCAAUUAUGCUCCAAGACGAUCUCAACUGGACCAAACCGACCACGAAGUGUACAUCCAAUGUUAGAUUUGGCGCAAGUAUCGGAAGCGGGCUCUAAAAUGAGUGUUCUGUUGGAGCAAGUGCUGGCUUAUGUUGAAGAUGUAUUGGCUGAUCGCAUACCUGCAGAUAACGCAGUUGGUCGUUCACUGUUAGACCUGGUUAAUUCCGUUCCUCAUAUGACAAAUGAACAAUUUUCAGAGAUGUUUAACAGUAAUGUUAAAGAUUUACUUAUGGUUGUUACCUUGUCACAGUUGCUUAAAACACAGUUGCAGUUAAAUGAAAAAUUAACUUUAUUAACGUCUGUAUAAUUCAUAUUAUGUAACGCAUUUCCAAGAUUGUACCAUUUUAUACACUUACUAUUUUGGUUAAGAAUCAGCAAUGCUAAAGUAUUGUACAUUUAACGAGGGAAAUAUACUGACAGGAUAAAGAAAUGUA